AGAGACAAGGUUCCAUUGUCAAACCCUUCUUCUCUGUUGCCACCUAACUCCACAGGGCGACAACUCCGAAGCUCCGUCUCCGCUCACCUCACUCCUCUCCUUCGCUUUCUCCGCCUCUCUCUCUCUCCGUCUUCACAUCACCACACGCAGAUUAUCACACCCCCUUGCACACAUUUCACCCAACCAUGUCGCAAUCUCUCAAUUUCACCACCUCUCCCAUCUCAAAGCCCUUCUUCCACUCCAAACCCUACAUCGCGCCCUCCGCCACUCCCCACCUCUCCCUCAGAUUCCCCAAAAAACCCAUCACCGCCUCCCUCUCCGAUCUCAACUCACCCUCCUUCUCCGCCCUCGUCUCCCAAUUGAAGUGGUCCCCCUCCGACUCGACCUCGAUCGAGGUGGACUCGGUGACCGAGGCGGAGCUUAAGGAGAAUGGGUUCCGCAGCACGAGGAGGACGAAACUUAUCUGCACCAUCGGGCCUGCCACGUGCGGGUUCGAGCAGCUGGAGGCGCUGGCGGUGGGCGGGAUGAACGUGGCGAGGAUCAAUAUGUGUCACGGGACGAGGGAGUGGCACAAGAUGGUUAUCGAGAGGGUGAGGAGGUUGAACGAGGAGAAAGGGUAUGCGGUUGCGGUUAUGAUGGAUACGGAGGGGAGUGAGAUUCACAUGGGGGACCUUGGUGGAGCUCAAUCGGCUAAAGCUGAGGAUGGUGAGAUAUGGACUUUCACUGUUCGUGCGCUUGAUUCACCUCUGCCAGAACGCACAAUUAAUGUUAACUAUGAUGGCUUUGCCGAAGAUGUAAAAGUGGGGGAUGAACUCCUAGUGGAUGGCGGAAUGGUGAGGUUUGAUGUGAUUGAGAAAAUUGGUCCAGAUGUCAAGUGCAGGUGUACUGAUCCAGGACUUUUGCUCCCUCGGGCCAAUCUGACUUUUUGGCGGGAUGGGAGCUUGGUGCGGGAACGUAAUGCCAUGCUUCCCACUAUUUCAUCCAAGGAUUGGCUGGACAUUGAUUUUGGGAUUGCUGAGGGCGUGGAUUUCAUUGCAAUAUCCUUUGUCAAGUCAGCUGAAGUGAUUAAUCAUCUUAAAAGCUAUAUUGAGGCACGGUCUCGCGAUUGCGAUGUUUCUGUUAUUGCAAAGAUAGAGAGUAUUGACUCAUUGAAGAAUUUGAAGGAGAUUAUUCAAGCAUCAGAUGGAAUUAUGGUAGCAAGAGGGGAUCUGGGUGCUCAGAUUCCCCUGGAACAAGUCCCAUCAGCCCAACAAGAGAUUGUUCAGCUAUGCAGGCAGUUGAAUAAGCCUGUUAUUGUAGCCUCUCAGCUUCUUGAAUCUAUGAUUGAAUACCCCACACCCACUAGGGCUGAAGUGGCUGAUGUUUCUGAAGCAGUUAGGCAACGUGCAGAUGCUUUAAUGCUCUCUGGUGAGUCAGCCAUGGGCCAGUUCCCUGAUAAAGCAUUGUCAGUUUUGAGAAGUGUGAGUUUGAGAAUUGAGCGGUGGUGGAGGGACGAGAAACGCCACGAAUCUAUGGAACUACAAGAUAUAGCAUCUUCUUUCCAGGACAGUAUAUCGGAGGAGAUUUGCAAUUCUGCCGCUAAGAUGGCUAACAAUCUAGAGGUGGACGCACUCUUUGUUUACACAAAGGCUGGACACAUGGCAUCUCUCCUCUCACGUUGCCGUCCCGACUGCCCAAUCUUUGCUUUUACAACUGCACCGACUGUUCGGAGGCGUCUGAACCUGCAGUGGGGUCUUAUACCAUUCCGCCUGAGCUUCUCCGACGAUAUGGAAAGCAACCUCAAUAGAACUUUCGCCUUGCUCAAGGCCAGAGGAAUGAUCAAAUCAGGUGACCUCGUCAUUGCUGUCUCUGAUAUGUUGCAAUCCAUUCAAGUCAUGAAUGUCCCAUAAGAACAAAAUUUAUCCCCCUGCUCCGAGUUAUUUAGUUUUGCUGCCCUCAGUUCAACAAUUUAGUCCAUGCUAGAAAAGUAAAAAGAGAGUAAUCUCGAGUCAUCCCGCUUGUUAUCGACUUUCAAUCAUUGGCUCAGUGACCCGGAGACACAAUCGGCAUUACUGCAUUGGUUUUUACGGGACUCUUUCGUAUUGGUGGGUGAUACUCCUGCAGAAUAUUGCCCUAGAAGCAUGGACUUGAAUUUUCUCGGAUUUUGUUACGCUUUUUCGGAUAUAACUUACAAUUAUGUAAUUUGAUUAGUAAGUAUCUCUUGUUUAUGAAGUGUUGGUUUCAUUGUUGUGGAAUAAUAUUUUAGUAGUUGAAAACAUCUUGAAGCUUUGUCUUG